AAACACCGAGUAAUAAUAAAUGAAAAGGAAAAAUGACUAGAUUUUAGAUUUCUUUUUAGUAUUUUGGAAUAAGCACAAGUAACACUGGUACUAGUAGUCUAGUACUAAUCGUGAAUUCAGAAGAAGGAGAAGAAGAAGAAUAAGAAGAAAGAUGAAGGUGAAUGUGGCGGCGAUGUUUGUGAUGAUGGCGGCGGCGUUGGCGGUGGUGGUAGUGGCGGCUAAUGAUGAAUCGAUGGAGAAUUAUGAGGUAGCAGAAGCAGAAGCAGAAGCAUUAGGACUUGAUUCUCAGCCUCAACCUCAACCACUGAUGGUCCCACUCACUCUCAUCCCUUCUGCUGAUUCCACCGGAGCUGUGUGUUUGGAUGGAACACUGCCUGGGUACCAUAUCCACAGAGGGUACGGAUCUGGAGACAACAGCUGGCUCAUUCAGUUGGAGGGCGGUGGUUGGUGUAAUUCCAUCCGCUCCUGCGUUUAUCGCAAGACUACUCGCCGCGGCUCUUCCCAUUACAUGGAGAAGCAGCUUCCCUUCACCGGAAUUUUGAGUGACAAGCCUCAAGACAAUCCAGAUUUCUUUAAUUGGAACAGAGUCAAGCUCCGCUAUUGCGACGGCGCUUCAUUCAGCGGCGACUCUCUCAAUAAGGAUGCGCAACUUAACUUUAGAGGACAACGGAUUUGGUUAGCCGCCAUGGAAGACUUACUUUCCAAGGGAAUGAAGAAUGCGCAGCAGGCUCUUCUAUCUGGAUGUUCUGCUGGAGGUCUUGCUUCAAUACUUCAUUGUGAUGAGUUUAGGGACUUGUUUCCACAAACUACACGUGUCAAAUGCCUUAGCGAUGCUGGUUUCUUCCUCGAUGCGACUGAUGUAUCGGGUGGCCACACCCUAAGGAAUUUGUUUGCAGGUGUCGUUUCCUUGCAGGAAGUGAAUAAGAAUCUACCGCAAACUUGUACCAACCACCUCGAUCCCAACUCGUGCUUCUUCCCUCAGAAUUUGAUUGCAAAUGUCAAGACCCCUUUGUUUCUUCUAAACGCGGCUUAUGAUGCCUGGCAGCUCCAAGCGAGUUUAGCUCCUCCAUCUGCUGAUCCUCACGGCUCAUGGCACGAAUGUAAAUUAAAUCACGCACAUUGUAAUUCAUCCCAAAUCCAGUUUCUUCAAGACUUCAGAGAUCAAAUGCUCAAUGCCAUUAGAGAUUUUUCAGCGUCCAGUCAAAAUGGUUUGUUCAUAAAUUCUUGUUUUGCCCACUGCCAGUCUGAGAGACAAGAUACAUGGUUUGCUGAUGAUUCUCCUCUUGUUGGAAACAAGGCAAUUGCAGUGUCUGUUGGAGACUGGUACUUUGAUAGAGUAGGGGUUAAAGCUAUUGAUUGUGCUUAUCCUUGUGACACCACAUGCCACAAUCUUGUGUUCAAGUAAGUCGGUUCAGAAUCAAGGAUUCAUCAUCUGUGACAUACUCUGACUCUCAGCCGACGAGGUUAACCUUUACCCUCCAAAAUCUCUAAUGUUGAAAUUAUUCAAGCUUCUCGGUCUCUUUCAAGUUUCUUUUCCCGUUUAGUUAGCUCUUCAUUAACUUACCUUCUCUUCAAUUUCAAUUGCGGCUUUGCGGGAGACUGAAAUUAUUGUUUUACUCUGCUAUGCAGCGAGGAUUCCUCUUCCAUGACAUACUCUUCUCAGUCCACAAGGUUGACCUUCACCAUCCUAAAUCUGUUAUUCGAACAAUCCAAGCUGCGCAAAUAUCUCUCAUUUUUGUUUUCCUCCCUAACCCCUAAGUAUUAUUUAUAACUUUCCUUCUCUUCAUUUUCAAAAUUUGUGACUUGUGAGAGGCUGAAAUUCAAAAUUUUCCUCUGCAGCGAUGUUCCGACUUUCGUGACAUAUUCUCACUCCACAAGGUUAACCUUUACCCGCCUAAAUCUUCUACUGACCGUUGCCGU